GAUGGCUCCUCGUAAGAAGGUCACCAAGACCCCCACCCGCAUGAUCACCAAGGACAUUGGUGGUGAUAAAAAUGGCGGAAAAAGAACAGUCAGGAUCAACCGCAUGUCCCGGUACUACCCAACUGAAGACAGGCCAAGAAAGCUAAGAUCCAACAAAAUUCCUUUCUCUGCUCACAAGCACUCAAUUCGACCAUCUAUCACACCAGGAACCGUCUUGAUUAUUGUGGCUGGACGACACAAGGGAAAGAGAGUAGUGUUUCUGAAGCAGCUGAACUCCGGCCUCCUUUUGGUAACAGGUCCCUUCCAUCUCAAUGGGUGCCCUCUGCGCAGGAUCAAUCAGAUCUAUGUAAUUGCAACCAAAACAAAGAUCGACAUCAGUGGUGUGAACCUGCCUGACAGACUGAAUGAUGCUUAUUUUAAGAGACAAAAGCUCAGGCGUCCCAGACACACUGAAGGGGAAAUCUUUGAUACAAAGAAAGAAGUGUACCAAGUCAGUGAUGAUCGUAAACAAGACCAGGUGGAUGUAGACAAACAGGUCCUUGAAGUUAUCCGAAAGAACAAGGAGAAGAAACUUCUUUUUGGAUACCUUGGUGCGAUGUUUUCUCUAGGGAACAAACAGUAUCCUCAUGAAAUGAUCUUCUAAAUUAUAUGUAAAGUUCUUAUCCACCACAUAAAGAAGUUGGGAGAAGUGACAA